AUCGCACUGUGGAAUGCGCCAAACAGACACUCUGCAUACUCGAACACCAAACAACAAUAUCACAAAAACCCCCGAACAAAGGCCAUCCACGCGCCACCAAAUCUCGAAAGCACUGAUGAAUCCACUACGUCAUACCUAGCAUCAUACCUAGCUUUCCUCCAACACUUACCUGCAGCAAUAAGAAAUAUCAAACCCAACCUACCCUCCAAACUCCUACAUACACCAUCCCCUCACCCUACCUACCUACCUACACGCAUCUCAACCCCAAAACACAAACAACAAUGACAUCAAACCUAAUGACCACCGAGCCCGGCGGCGAGCAAACCCAAUACGAAGCCCAACACACAACCCAAGACCCACCAACCCGCGAACCCGGCCAAAUGGGCACAAGCACCACCACCAACGACGAACAAACCCGCCCCGAAACACGCAAGACAGACCCCUCAGUAGCAACGAAUACAAAAGUAGCCAAGAGCGAGGCAAUGCGCUUCGGACAGGCGAUGAGCGAGGAGGGCGUGGGCGGGAUGACGACGGUGGAGCGGAAUGCGGGGAGUGCGGGGGUAGAGGGCGGCUUCGGCGAUAACAAAGGCAGGGCACGCGACACUACCACGUCAUCAUCCUCGUCUGAACAGUCAAGGCGCGAAGCAGGCUACGACGCGUCGAAUGAGCAGAGUAGGGAGAUUGGAGGCUGUGCGUGGAAGCUGCUUGGUAUAAAUUCCAAGUACAGCUCCUCGGCUCUCAGGUCAGGCAAAGGCAAAGGCAAAGGCAAAGGCGAAGGCAAAGGCAAAUAAGGCUGUAUAUACUACCAAGCAGAUGAGUAUAUCAGAUCAAUCAAGUCCAGAAACGUAGCUAUGAAAGCAAC